GAGUUGCCCGGAUGUACUUCCCACGACGUCAGACGGGCCCGCUGUGACGUUGUAUCCGCAGAGAAACGUUUCGUGCACGGGCUGAGGUGUUGACGAGCAUCUGUCACCUUACUAGAGUCAGGCAGCCAUGGCUAACCAAUCAAUGGAAAUCAUAACAAAAGUUUUGGAGCAGUCAGCCAAGCUGGUGGAGGAGCAGGUGGAUGCCCAGUUGGCCAAGCUGAAUGAAAUGGAUGAAGAUGAUUUGGAGAGGCUGAAGGAAAGACGAUUAGAGGCACUAAAAAAGGCCCAAAAACAGAAGCAGGAGUGGUUGUCUAAAGGUCAUGGGGAGUACAGAGAAAUAUCCAGUGAGAAAGACUUUUUCAGUGAAGUGAAAGACAGCAAGAAUGCCGUGUGCCAUUUCUACAGAAAUUCAACCUUCAGAUGUAAGAUCCUCGACAAACACUUGGCCAUCUUGGCAAAGAAGCAUGUUGAGACCAAAUUCAUCAAACUGAAUGCAGAGAAGGCCCCAUUUCUGACAGAGAGGCUGCGCAUCAAAGUUAUUCCGACUCUGGCUUUGCUUAUUGACGGAAAAACAAAGGACUAUGUGGUCGGAUUCACUGACCUGGGAAACACAGACGAGUUCACCACAGAGAUGCUCGAAUGGAGACUUGGCUGCGCGGACGUUAUUAACUACAGUGGCAACCUGAGGGAGCCCCCAACAGCGACACAGAGAUCAGGAACAAAGUUCACAAAAGUGGAGAAGAAAACCAUCAGAGGGCGAGGUUACGACUCGGAUUCUGAAGAUGACUGAAGAGGCUGGACAGUUGUCGGGUUUACUCUCUCAGGGCUACCUCAUUACUAAAACUCCAGCAGACAGCCCACUUCCUUUUUUUCCCUCUCUUCUAUCAGUGACUUAAUUAAAAAAAUAGAAAUUACUAACCCGAUCCACUGAUUCAUUUUAUUUAAAAAGCACGUUUGUUUCAGCCUUAUUUAAGGACUUAUCCACCAUGAUUUAUAUUGGAAUAUCUGAGUAAUAAAAUGUAUGGUUCAUGAACGAGGGAGCACACUGAGCGACCACUAGCUGUUAGCUGUGUUUUGUUUUUCUUGAUUUUCAGGUGUAAUCAUUUAUUGUAGACAGCUGUCUCACGCACUUUCCUGUAACCUUUGUACGUCUCGUGUUGGAACCAAGUUCAUGGUGCGUGUGAGUGCCAAGAUCAUCUUUGAAGAGCAAAAUAAAUUUUUACAUGACAUUUCAUGGUAGCAUGAGUUUGACCUAACUAAUGCAGACUUAAUAAAAACAAGAAAAGGAUGGAAAAAAAA